AUGGGUAAGAAUGGCAACUUAUGGUACUGGACUGUCGGCGAUGAAACUAAUAUGGCCAUCUGUAGAGUCCCAAACAUGUUUGCCACUGGCAAUUCAAAGCCUCACUCUCUAAGAAAGAGGAUGAUUUCGAACGUCUACUCCAAAUCGUACAUACAGUCAUCUCAAGCGAGCAAAUUGCAAAUGGCCGAGAUUCUCGUGAACCGCCUCUUGCCUGCACUUGACGGGUCUCUUAAACCUUCCCGCAAGUCGAUGUCUACAGACUACAAUGACGUUGAAGUGUUCGGUCUAUAUCUAGCAACGGCCAUGGAUCUUAUCACUGCCUACAUAUUUGGUCUCUCUAACGCUACAAACUUCAUUGCCGAUGAGCCUUAUCGCCGUGACUGGCAGGACAUGUAUCUUGCACGGGCCAACUACCCCUUCUGGACGCAAGAAGUUCCAAAGUUGACAAACUUUUGCAAAAGAUGGAUUCCUUGGCUCAAGCUCUAUCCACAAUGGGUUGAUCAGUCCAACAAGAAACUCUCCGAUUGGAACUGGGAACUCUGCGAGAAUGUCCGGAAGACGCCCAAGGCGACAAGAAGCCUCAGUAACAGUCAAGACAUUCAACGCUCUGACGAGCCGGUAGUCUACAGCUCACUGCUUGCUGGGAUAGAUCGCGAGUUCAAUACCAAUGGAGAAAAGAGCAUUCUGUACAGUACGAGCAUUCUUCAACGAGAUCGAGCCAUUGCGUCUGAGGUUAUGGAUCAUUCGCUGGCUGGACAGGAGACGGCUGGAAUUGCCCUCACUUAUGCAACAUGGCGUAUUUCAAAAACUCCAGAACUUCAACGACAGCUUCAUGCUGAGGUCCAAUCUCUUAAGCCGGCUUUGAGGAUCAACCCGAAAGCUGCAUCUGGUCUUACGAACACGUCGGCUUUGCCAGAUCCUAAGGAGGUCGAUUCCUUGCCGCUCUUACACGCUAUUGUCACGGAGACGCUGCGUCUCCACGCGCCUAUUCCAGGACCUCAACCACGCCAGACACCUCAACGCGGAUGUAGCAUAGGAGGAUAUUAUAUCCCUGGCGACGUGAGGAUCGCAUCACUGGCGUAUACACUACACCGGGACAAAGAAGUAUUUCCCGAACCUGAGGAGUGGAUCCCAAAGCGCUGGAUACCACAAGCGCCUGGAAAGUCAUCAGACGAUGAGGCGAAGCAUCGCGAGAUGCAAAGACUCUUCUGGGCCUUUGGCAGCGGUGGAAGGAUGUGUGUCGGCUCCAACUUCGCCAUGAAUGAGAUAAAAUUUAUUUUGGCGUUCAUCUAUGCCAACUUUGAGACAACCAUUGUUGAUGAUGAAGGUAUCGAGCAGGAAGAUGCUUACACGGCGAGACCAAUUGGUGAGAAGCUGGUCAUCAGGUUUACUCCUUUGAAGACAUGA